AUGCUAGGCCAUGGCUCACCCCCAUCGGAUAUUCACGUACUGGAUCAGAAGAUGGGCGGGAUGCACAUCAUCGGGGGAGCUGCGAAGCUUCGUCAACAGCAUCGACAUAAUUAUUCGGAGGGCCUACUCGAAUGGCCAAGGUAUGGCACAACAAGCUCCGUUACUGUUCCGUAUACCUCAACACUUGAAGAUAUUACUUCGGGUUCAAUAUCUACCCGCUCUUCACCGCUGAUUGCCCCCUUAAAGACGGCCGAGAAUAUUCCAAUAAUAUCAAAUACCCCGGGCAUAUCAACAGUUUCGCGAACAUCAUCUCGAGCUACGGAGGCUACUCAACGAAAGAUUGCACGCGAAGUAUUUGAGCAGCAUGGCAUUAGGAGGCCAUCUGGUUGGUUUUCUGAUGAAGACCUGUCUCUUUCAGGCGAUAGAACUGCCAGCCCCCGAAGAUUCUGCAGGAUCUGUCAUGUCUGUUCUGCACGGACUUGGUCGCAAACUCAUUGCUCAUCUUGCAAGCAUCAUUUGUGUGAGAAAUGUCUCUGUGAGGUGCCUAAAAGUACCGAAAAGAGGCAUAGUGAUUUUGUGCAUCGCUCAGACCACGCUAUAGAGUUAGAUAAGGCACGGCCGGCUCAUCCAGCCCCCUCGACUUCAUAUUCAAUGCGAAGCAUCCAAGAAGAAUCGCGAUCGCCCAGCAUCAUUAGCAAUACCCAGGGCCUGUCUACCCAAUUAGUGGAACAAAGUCCUUCUGCCGUUCUAGAAGUUACAACAGAACCGACCUUCGCGACUCGUACUUCCGGAAAACCAGCAGCUCAGCAAUAUCCGCAUUGCUUAGGAUCUUCUCAACGUAUAGACGAUCCAGAUUACGAGGCCUGCGAUGCCCAAGCGGAAUGUGAUAAUCCCAUGUGCAGGGCAACGCACGACGGGCAUUAUCCCUAUCGUCAUAGCAUCGCAUGUGCCCUACACCGAAGUGAAGAGGCUGACGAAGGCGUAUCGCGACCGUUAGACGAAACAGUUCAUCGACAUUACCCGGCGAGCUUCCACGAUUACCAUAUUAUAGAACGUGUCACCAGUACAGUUAGCCAUGGAUCUCAUCGUAUACACGCCGGCUAUGAGGGGAAUCCAAUCACUGAGACCAGAACUUCUGCCUUGUCGUACAGGCCACCCGAAGAAUUGAGAGCACAGUGUUCUGGGCAUUUUGGCCAUCUGAUUUCAGUGGAUCCGUUGACGCGAGUUGAUCCUUCCCACUAUACCCAGGAAGUGGCACCUCCUGAUUACUCCCAAUAUGACAAGCAUUGCCCACCAAGUAGAGAUAUUAUACAUAGUCGAGCAGAAGUAUCCCGGGGAGCACAUCAAUUCGGAGAUAAAAGUAACGUCGGCACACCAAGCCGGGGCAUCCGUCCCGCCAAAUCAAACGAGAAUUUUAUACACGAGGAGAGCGAGAAGAGGCAUAGUCACCACAAGCACUCACGUAGAGGCUACUCGAUUCCGGGUCAGAGUCGAAAAUCUGCUACUGGAUUGAACCACAAUUCCCGUAACAGUCGGAGGCACGAUAAUAGCUAUGAUACUAUGGUUAAUGUUUCUCUGAGCAGGGGCAGGACUGUAGACAAGGAGCCUAGUCCAUCCAUCACGAAAGGCAUUGCAAAUGAUCCACGGACCAAGGGACCUGUACCCAAAGGUUACUUACUAAGUCCACCACCAUGGUUAAAAAGGCCGAGUAAAGAAGCAGGCGAUGCGAGAUCUAUACUACGCCCUGUCGGCUGCGAGAACCAUAGACAUACACCAAAACACCACACGACGAGUCCGAAGGGGAAGGAGGUGGAGCGCACAGAAAUCCCACCACAAAAUACCGGGUUCUUGAGGGAGUCGUUCGGCAAGCUAACCAAUUCGAGCCACGACUUGCUGCGGAUAUCGGCUCCUUCACCACAGACUGCUCUACAUGUCACGCAGCAUCAGAGGCCAGAGUCCUAG